GAUGCCGGCCUCGUUCCCGGCCUGGCGCCACCUUCGCGCCGGCAGUGGCCUCCCGCGGGAGCUGUCAGAUCCGCGGCACUCGAGCUAUCUGGGGGCCAUGGGGCUGUCCGAUGGGUCCGGUGAGUUUCAGGGCGCCGCCCGAAUUCAGCGUGUCCACGAUGUGUUAGUACUCUGACUCCCGGCCUAGAUCAGUUCUGAAAGGGAACCGCCAAAUUCCCAGAAGGCAUCUCCCGCCUGCACAGCCUCGGUUUACCGCCUUGCCAAUUUUCCGCAGGUGGUUGUCCAUCAGCCGCGAGGGAUGGGUGCGGGAUCCGGCGCGACCCUAGCUCUUGAGGGUUGCACCGAAAGUCCCUGGAGUCCUAAUGAGGGGGCCGCAGGGAGGUUGCUGCCUGCCAAGGAGCCCAGGUCUUGGAGGUGCGCCGGCUGGGUGCCUGGGCCCGGGAGGCAGACCGCUGCAAGACAGGUUCCAGACAGUCCCUGGACCUGCCGCGGCCUGAGUCCGCGUGGUUCUGAGCCCUCUGGUGCUGAGGCCUUUGUACCCUCCCAAAGGGCGGUGCCAAGUAUCAAGGAUCCGCCCCCGGGCGCGUGCUGCCUGGUAAGGGGCGGGCCCUUUAAGAAGACUUAGUGCUCUCGAAGGAGAGGAGAAGGGGCCCUGCGGUCUCUGCGAGCCAGAGGUGUACAGAACCUCUGAGGAUCUUCUUUGCACCUUCUCUGCUCCCUCCAACGUGGAUACUCAGAUUAGAGGCUCUUCCCAGGUGAGUUCCUACCCCUCUGGUGGGAUCCUCUCCCCUGGUUAUAGCUGCUUCCAGAUCACAGCUGACCAGUGAAAACUUUCCCCAAAUGUUAGUUCUCCCGCCAGAUUUACCCCCACCCCCGAAAUUCGCAGAGGAGAGCUACAUUCCUUAUGGAGUCUCCCCAGCUCAAUUUCUUCUGAGAGAACUCCCCAGAUGAGAGAGAACCUUUCCCUUUCCCCCAGCCCCUAUUCUUUGGUAAAGUUUCUCCCAGAGGUGCCUCCCGGUAGGUAAGGGAUUCACCCCCAGGUCAGAAAUUGCCUGGCUGGUGAUGGCUGUCUGGGCAGGGUUCCCUCUAGGUUGGACUGGCUUCUGAAAACUCCUGUUUCCAGGCGAAUCUUUCCUAUUUCAAGGGGGUGUCGCUGGAGGGUCUGUGGUACAGCUGGAAGCGGAACUGGACAGGAAUUGGUUCAGGGAAGGCAAGGGGCUGAGAAGUAGGGGCUAGGAGAAAUUGCCAGUCUAAACCUGGACCCGGACCUGGACGUGGACUUGAAGUGGUACUCAGUGCUGGGCAGCCACACCUGAGCUGGAUGUGUAGGUCAUUCUCAUCCCACUUUCCCUCCCGGAGAGACUUUGGCCCAGAAAGCGGCUUCCAGCAGCCAAAGUUCAGGUACUGCCCCUGUCUGGGUGUGAACACGGGGCCCUCAGAGACCAGCAGGGUUGGCUCUAUCCUUGAUCUUUGAGCCUGGAAAACUCAGGUAUGUGACUCUGUGGACCUAGGUAGAGUGAAGGAAAGGUUGGGACAGGGGCAAUCCUCAGUGUAUGUCUAUGUCUGUGGUCUCACCCCUCCAGACCACGGGACACAGCAGACACAGGCACUGCUGUCUGCCACACAAGAAAUGGAGCCGCAGAGGCGAGACUACCAUGUGGAGAGGCCUCUGCUGGACCAGAAGCAGCUAGAGGAUCUGGGACAUUGGGGCCCGGUGCCCAAGACCUACCAGUGGCAAACUUGGUUUCGGUGCUCCCGUGCUCGGGCCCAUGCACUUCUGCUCCGUUACUUUCCAGUCUUGGGCUGGUUACCCCGCUAUCCUGUGCGAGACUGGCUCCUGGGUGACCUAUUGUCUGGCCUGAGCGUGGCCAUCAUGCAGCUUCCGCAGGGCUUAGCCUACGCCCUCCUGGCGGGAUUGCCUCCUGUGUUUGGCCUGUACAGUUCUUUUUACCCCGUCUUCGUCUAUUUCCUAUUUGGUACCUCUCGACACAUCUCUGUGGGGACCUUUGCUGUCAUGUCUGUGAUGGUGGGUGGUGUGACAGAAUCCUUGACUGCGGAUGAGUCCUUCGUGCAAGGCUUGAAUGCCACAGUUGAUGAAGCCCGAGUGCAGGUGGCCUACACGCUCAGCUUCCUGGUUGGCCUCUUCCAGGUGGGGCUGGGCCUGGUGCACUUCGGCUUUGUGGUCACCUACCUGUCGGAACCUCUGGUCCGCAGCUACACCACAGCCGCCUCUGUGCAAGUCCUCGUCUCACAACUCAAGUAUGUGUUUGGCAUCACAGUCAGCAAUCACUCUGGGCCACUGUCCGUUAUCUAUACGGUGCUGGAGGUCUGCGCGAAGCUGCCCAAGACUGUGCCCGGCACCUUGGUCACGGCACUUGUAGCAGGAGUGGUGCUUGUGUUGGUGAAGCUGUUGAAUGAAAAGUUGAAGCGCUAUCUGCCCCUGCCCAUACCCGGGGAACUACUCACGCUCAUUGGGGCCACCGGUAUUUCCUAUGGUGCAGAACUCCGUGAAAGAUUCCAGGUAGACGUGGUGGGCAACAUCACCACAGGGCUGAUACCCCCGGUGCCACCCAAGACAGAGUUGUUUGCCACCCUCGUGGGAAAUGCCUUUGCCAUUGCUGUGGUGGGCUUCGCCAUCGCUAUCUCACUUGGGAAUAUUUUUGCCCUGAGGCAUGGCUACCGCGUGGACAGUAACCAGGAGCUGGUGGCCCUUGGCCUCAGCAACCUCAUUGGCAGCUUCUUCCAGUGUUUCCCCGUGAGCUGCUCCAUGUCUCGGAGCCUGGUACAGGAGGGUACCGGGGGCAACACACAGGUUGCCGGAGCCGUAUCCUCCCUUUUCAUCCUCCUCAUUAUCCUCAAACUCGGGGAACUCUUCCGAGACCUGCCCAAGGCCGUCCUGGCAGCUGUUAUUAUUGUGAAUCUAAAGGGCAUGAUGAAGCAGUUCUCUGACAUCUGCUCUCUUUGGAAGGCAAAUCGAGUGGACCUGCUAAUCUGGCUGGUGACCUUUGUGGCUACCAUCCUGCUGGACCUGGAUAUUGGCCUGGCGGUUUCCAUAGUGUUCUCCCUGCUGCUCGUGGUGAUCCGAAUGCAGCUGCCCCAUUACUCUAUCCUGGGGCAGGUGCCAGAUACGGAUAUUUAUAGAGACGUGGCAGAAUACUCAGGGGCCAAGGAGGUCCCUGGUGUGAAGGUCUUUCGCUCCUCAGCCACCAUUUACUUUGCCAAUGCUGAGCUCUACUGUGACUCACUGAAACAGAAGUGUGGUGUGGACGUGGACCAUCUCAUCUCCCAGAAAAAGAAACGAAUCAAAAAACAGGAGAUGAAGAUAAAGCGAAUGAAGAAAGCCAAGAAGUCCCAGAAGCAGGAUGCCCCUUCCAAGAUCACCACAGUUUCAGUCAACGUCAACACUGGCUUCGAAGACAUCAAAAGCAACGAUGUGGAGGGUUCCGAGGCCAAGGUGCACCAAAGGGAGGAGCUGGAGGAUGCAGUCACCAGCAGUCAAGAAGAUGUCAAAGCCCCAACCGUGAACACACUGAAGUCCCUGGGCCUACCCCAGCCAAACUUCCAUAGUCUCAUCCUAGACCUGAGCACGCUAUCCUUCGUGGACACCGUGUGCAUUAAGACUCUGAAGAAUAUUUUUCAUGACUUCCGGGAGAUCGAGGUGGAAGUGUACAUCGCUGCCUGUUACAGUCCUGUGGUCACCCAGCUUGAGGCUGGACACUUCUUUGAUGACUCUAUCACUAAGCAGCAUCUUUUUGCCUCUGUCCAUGACGCUGUGACCUUUGCCCUCCACCACCAGAAGCCUGGCCCUAAGAGCCCUGUUUUGGCCACCAAACUCUGACUCUGCUGCUGGAGAUUGCCUACCUCUAGAGGUUGUGACAGUUUCACCCUCAUGAAGCUCCUGCCUCUGGGUCACUUCAGGUGCCACCCAGGACUCCGGUCCAUACCCAUACACAUAGAGCGCAUGGAUGUCCUGAGUUCAGUGCUACAGGCCUGGGGCAGGGUAUUGCAUUCAGGCUGGCCUUGGCUGGGUGCUGGGAGGGAGCUGAUGUGGAUUUACAGCUCUGGGAAUAAAUGUGUCUGUCAAACUUCA